AUGCCCCCCCUCCAACCCCUCCUCCUCCUCCACGCCCUCAUCGAAACCCCCGCGUCCCUCACCUUCCUCCACUCCCCAGACUCCCAACUCUCCCACGCCUCGCCUGACGCCCGGCUAAUCCUACAGAGCUACGGCGGCCUGCUGUUCGCAACCAACCUUUUGGCUUUGGCUAUCGUGCGGUAUGAGGACGGGGCUGGGAUCGGGGACGAAUUGGGGUUUGGUGGUGGAAAUGGAAGUGGGACGCGGUUGAAGGCUCUGGCGUGUUUGUGUUUUGCGGUGUAUCAUGUGUGGCCGGCUAAGAGGGCGUUGGUGAGGAUAGUGAUGGAAGGGAAGGGUGGCGGUGGUGGGAAGGGGGGGAAGAAGGUGUUGGGUGGACCGAAGGUGCAUCUUGUAGUGCAUGUUGUUAUGUUUGGGUUGUUGUUAGGGGGUGGGGUGCUUGGAUUGUUAGAAGGGUGA